AUGCCACAGAAUGUUAAUUCUGACGAGGAAGUCUAUGCUACGGCUAGAGCCAUUGAUGCGCAACUGGAAUAUGACUCUGAUGACAACCCAAUUGUGGAGCAAAAGCGUAAAGAUAUUGAACCGCUUUCGGCAGUUGAUCACUCCCAAAUCGAAUACCCCGAAAUUGAAAAAUUUUUCUAUGAGGAGCAUCCAGAUAUUGCCAAUUUGUCGGAGGAACGCGUUAAGGAGAUUCGUCGGGAACUUGAUAUGCACGUAUCAGGCGCUGAUGUUGCAAAGCCAUGUAUUUCGUUUGGGCAUUUUAAUUUUGAUGAACCUUUGUUAGAUGUCAUAAUUAAACAUGGUUAUUCGGAGCCCACGGGAAUCCAAAAACAAGCGGUACCCGUUGCCUUGUCAGGUCGAGAUAUCAUUGGUAUAGCAAAAACAGGUUCUGGGAAGACGGCUGCCUUCAUAUGGCCUAUGUUGAUUCACAUAAUGGAUCAGGAGGAAUUAAAAAAAGGAGAAGGACCUAUUGGCUUGAUUUUAGCACCCACAAGAGAAUUGGCUAGUCAGAUAUAUAUAGAGGCCAAAAAAUUUGCAAAGAGUUACGGUCUGAGAGUUGCAGCAGUUUAUGGAGGGGCUUCGAAAAUGGAUCAAUUCAAAGAACUCAAACCUGGUGGUAUUGAAAUUCUA